AUGGACACAGACCAAUCGACUGUAUUGGUGGAGUUGUUUUUUCAACAUCAGCAACGGUGAAGGAGGAAGACAAUGGCAACGAAUGAUUAAAAAUCUUGGGAAGACUUUGGAAUAUUGGCACAAAUUUGGAAGCUAAUGGAUGAAAAACAGUUUUUAUUUAUUUUUUUAAUUAAUUGAGUGCAUUUUUACUUUAGUAAUUGUAAGACCCAAGACCCUCACUCCCGCAACACUUUCCCUGGGUCAUUAUAAUUCGACCCUUAGGAGUGUGUCUUCGGUUAAUCCAAAUUUUAAAAACCCAGUUUUCGGUUUUGAGUUUUAAACAAAUGUCGAUUUUAUUUUGGGGGAGUUUAAUGAAAAUUUGUUCGUGGGAGAGGGGAGUCUUUAUUAGAGACUGGACUGGGAGGGUCGUACAAGAAUCGUAUGAGAUAUCUCGAAAAAUCUUUAUUUCGAUAACCGAGAUUUUUGUUCGAGAUCUCAUUCCGGUCUUUAGUCUAUAUAAAAAUUCCAGUGCUUAAUUUAUUUUUAUUAUUCUCAAAUAAUUAUAUUUGAGAAAUAAAAUUUGCUUUAGUCUUCUCAAUUUUUGCAUAUUUUUUUAAUAUUGUUUUUGAUCAAAGAAUUAUUUUUUCUUUAACAAAUAGCUUUUUUAAUUAUUUCAAAAAAAUUUAAUUAAUUUUUCUUUUUUCAUAGUUCAGAAAAUUUUUAUACAAAUUUUUUAAAUAUGCCGGGCAAACGACCAUUUGAUGAACGAAGAGUUUUAAAAUGGAAUGAUGUAAUUCACAGACAAGGAAGAAUGAUUGAAGAUUAUGAAGAAGAACUGAAAGAAGAAAAAGAGAAAAAUCGACAUUUGAUUGGACAAUUGUCGAUUUUGAAGACUUCAACAAUAAUCAGUCCACUCCCUCAAAAGAAAAAAACUUUGAAGGAAGUGCCUGUUCUUCGAUUUGAUUCGGAUGAUGAGGAAGAAAAUAAAAAAGAAAAUCCUAAGGCAAGUUCAUCAAAAAAUGGAGGAAAUGAAGAAGAAAAUUCUAAGGCAACCACAUCAAAAAAUGGAGGAAAAGAAGGAGAAAAUUCAAAGGAGAACAAAGUAAAGAGAGAAAAAGGAAAGCGAAUUGGGCAUAGAGAACGGGGAAGAAGACAAAUUGAACGAGCGAAAACUAAAGAAAUAAAGAAGCUUAAACAACUCAAGAAGGAACAAAGGGAACUCAAAAAGCAACAAAAGGAACUGAAGAAACAAAAGGAAAUGAAGAAACAACAAAAGAAAAAGAAAUGA